UAAAUGAUGAGCUUAUUGAAAGUGUGAGAGAAGAAAGUGUCAAGUAAGAAGAUAACCUUCAUGUCGAAAUUGAAGCAGACACUGGAUCAUAAGCUAGGGAAGCGUUUGCCGGCCUUGAAACUGCGCUGAAGUGGAGGAAGCUUCAGUCCGAGUGUGACCACAUGCAACUUCUGCGGACGCGCGACUUGGCUGUCCGAAAGCGGAUGAAGACAGUCAAACAGCUCACUUUGAACGAGAUGCUCCGCAGACUGGCCGAAGAAUUCAUGGUGGAUCAAAACAGGCGCGACCAUAACCCUGCCGCAGGCGUUCCAGAAGUUGCGGUUCCUGACAACACAGAACACUGCCUGAGUUCUUCGUCAACAUAUUCCAAACUGGACUUUUGGAAAGACGUUUUUACAUUGUAUGGGUGGUGUCUUCCAUUAUUUUAUAUACUGCAAGUGGCUACGUACAUAAACACAGAAAGAAAUAUUGAUUAAUUUAUUGGUUAAAGCUAAGGACGUCAUCUGUUUUAAAAUCUACAAUACAGGCUAUUGACCCUUACUGGCACGCUACCCUUUAAAGUCGGAGUUUUUAUUUAAAAAAAAGGUAGGCAGUCUAAUUAGGCAUAGAGGAGUACACAAGUAAAAUUUUGUGAAGAUAGCACACAUCGUUUUAAUUCUAUGGGUGUGCCCAAAGUGGCACACUGAUUGAAUAGAGCUUCAAAAAGAGUGCCAAAACGAGCAUUGUUGUCAAUGAACUGACCAACGAGAUUCGGAGAAACAAGGAAUACAGACUCUCAGUUAUCCUAGAUGAUCGGUGAGCCCGGUCUGGGCACACCUAGGGUUCUCUGUAUGACUUUAGGCAAUAUUUCAAGGUAAAAAUUUAAAACUAAUAUAGAAUAAGGAGAUUA